AUGUCGGACCAAAACUCUCCUCCUUCUCCUCCGCUUGCACAGCACCGCCGUCGAUCCUCGAUAGUUGAGAUGUUCAGUCCCCGAAUAAAUGCAUCGCCCUCCGCAGCAGUCUCGUCCUCGCCACCUUCUGCCGGUGUCCCUACAACUCCUACCGUACCACAACAUCGGAGGGGUACCUCAAUCACCGCCCUCGGUCUGACCACGAAUCCCUCGAACCAGCCUCACUUCUCGGCCUUUGGACCGCAACGACGGGCAAGUGUCGCGACGUCCUCUGUUGCGAGCUCUCCAGAUUUCAAGAACAGCUUCGGAGACGAGCCCGUAGUGCUCGAAGAGGAUGACACUUCCCGAGCUGUGAUGAACCCUCCAGCAUCACCAUCUUUCGCGAGACGGGUCAGUUUUGGCGCACAAGCUUUAAGAGAUGUCAGACUGGGAGGAAGCCCGGGUGCUUCUGGCGGUGGUAGGCGCCCCUCGUCUUCCCUUCUUACUACCCUAGACGAAGAUUCCGAGAAUGCCAUUCCAUCACGUCGAGCCACGUCGGGGACGGCCAAGACUGCAGGAGAAGGUUUCAAUUGGUCUGAAGCCAUUCGUGACAGAACCAAGCGCUCCCCUUCCUUCUCUUCGGGCAAUCCCUUCCAUCAGGGCGGCACCGCUCGGCCUCGUGCUGCAAGCAUCUCCAACCCCGAACCACCAAAAGAGAUUCCAAAGCCCAUUGAAUCACCUCCAGCCAGAGUGUUGAGGAAACCGGAUCAUCUUGGUGAAAGAAUGCUACGUGGCGAAUUCAUGAUGGACUGA